UCUGUACCUCCCUUUCUCACUAUUGCAUACACCUUUACCCAUCUUCAUUCUCUCUCUCUCUCUCUCUCUCUCUCUCUCUCUCUCUCUCUCUCUCUGUAACCUCUUCCGGUAUCCAUGUGUCUGGUCUUGGCUGGGCAGGGGCAGGCCGGUCCCAGUUACCUACAUACCCUGGCUGCGUGUCGCCUGGCCCUGCCCACACCCUCAGGCAGUUAGGGAGCCACAGUGCCAGUAUCGGUGCCAGCUGCCGCGCGCUGAGGGCCUGGCUAUAGUGGUGGGCGCCUGUGUGACUGUGUGGCUCUCUCCCCUCACGUGUGCCCCGCCCUCAGUGAAAUAACCCCCUCGAACUGAGCCUCCUCUUUCAUCUCUUGCAACUUUUCGUCAGUAGUUUAGUCGAGUCAGUGCCUUCUGCAGAGUCUCCAGGAGUUCCCCAAGGGUUUGUUUUGGUAUUAAGCGAUUUUUCUGGUGCCUAAGGGAAGAUUCUGUUUGGACUUUCCUGCGUGUGUUUUGAGGCGUUGUCUGCCCCGCGAGCGAUCUCCUGCCCUCUCCGUCACCCUCUCCGGCCCGAGUCUGCUGCCACCGCUGAUACUACUGCUGCUGCUGCUGCUGCUGCUGCUGGAGUGGUGAUCGUCGUCUUGCUUUUGUGAUGACCAUGGAGAGAAAGUGAGCGAGUGAGAUAGAGAAAGAGAGAAAGGAAGAACGACAUGGGAGAAGAAACGAAGUACUGUGGAAAUUGCAAGAGGGAAGUCUCAUCCACCAACUUCACGGUCCACACAGUCCACUGCCACCGGAACAUCGCCCUGUGUCCGCUGUGCAAGGAACCAGUGCCGCGCUCCACCUUUCAGCAACACCUGCAGACGGAACACGAGGAAGUCAGAUGUCCGAAAUGUGGUGCAGAGAUGGAACCUGCUAGAGUUUUCGCCCAUGAGAAGGAGGAGUGCCCGAAGCGCCUCCUCACCUGCCAGCACUGUGAGUUGGAGGUGCAGGCCAGUGAGCUGCAGAAACACGUUGAGUACUGUGAGGCGAGGACUGAGCGGUGUAAGGGAUGCACCAAGUACGUUCAAGUCAAGCAUCUGCAGUUUCAUUACGAGAGUGACCACCGCUACCUGAGGCCUGAGGAUAAAGCCGGCCGUAACAGCUCCGACGAUGAAGCAAGUGAUGAGUGUCCAAUCUGCCUGGGUCCCUUCACACUCCCGCUGGCCCUGGAGUGUGGCCAUACCUUCUGCAUGGUGUGCGUCAAGGGCAUCGCCAACACCACCAAGAACUGUGCCAUCUGCAGAAGAGAUAUACCAAGGGACAUGCUCAUGGACGUAAGGUUCUGCCGCGAGGAGGAGAUCAUCAAGAACUACGUGAACAAGCCGCGGAACAAGAAGAACACGCGUAGCCACAGCGUUCCCAACAGAAGCUCUUACACUGCCACGCCCACACGCCGCCUCGUGCACCACACCACGCAGGACUACGAUGACAUGGUGAACGCGCUCCUGUCCUCCCGCACCUCCUCCACCUCCUACAGGUACCAGCGGCCCUCCAACACCCACACCCCUCCCUCCUACACCCCCUACUCCUCCUCCACCACCUCCACCACCACCUCCUCCACCUCCUCCUCCUCCUCCACCUCCUGCCAAGAAUCUUGCCAAGAAUCCUGCAGCGAGAACAAGGAAUCUGUGAACGAUGACGACUGCUGCUGCUCCUCCUCCUCCUCCUCCUCCUCCUCCCCCUCCUCCUCCCCUUCCUCCACCUCCUCCACCACCACGACUACCACUAGCCCCUCCACACGCGUCAAUACGACCUCCAGCACCACCAGUUCCUACACCAGGCCCUCCACCACGACCUCUUCUACUACUACUACUACUACCCCAAGGGCUACUACUACUACUACUACCACUACUACAAGGUCUACUACGGUUCCUGCCACGCCGAGGACCACCACAGCUCCUUCCCCUUCCUCUUCCUCCUCCUCCUCUUCCUCCUCCACCUCCUCCUCCCCCUCCAGUCUCUCCAAUGGCGCUCGUCCCCGCAGACCCACAUCUCUCGCUCUGGAGACAAUGUCCACGCUGAGCUCUCUCUCUGCCGCCACCAGCCCCUCCUCCCGCACUGAAGACUCCACCAGGACGCGCCCCCCGAGGAACGCCACACAGGAGCAGUACGACCGCUGGCUUGCCUUUCAGCUGGCCAAGGCGGAGGACGACUUACCUGCCGCGGAGUUCAACAGGAAGCACAAGCCAGCAUUCAAGAGGUCCCUGUCCAUGCCAGAGCGACCCCUCCCCCGGCGCAGCACACGACGUCCCCCCGCCUCUCCAAGGACCCUCCCCUCCUCCUCUUCCUCCUCCUCUGCCUCCUCCUCUUCAAGCACCACGCCCAUCAGCAAGUCCUCGAGUGACUCCAACGCCACCACGAGCAGCAGCAGCAGCAGUGUGUUGAGUACAGGAGCGCGCCCCAAGAACACCCGCCUGAAGAAACGUGUGUCCUUCAGAGAGGAAACGACCCCCGUGCGUCGCGAGGCCCCCGUGCUGCUGCCGUGUGAGUUCUGCGAUGAAAUGUUCUCAGAGCGUGACCUGAUGCGGCACCAGACCAGCUGCGACAAGAACGAGACGCAGCUGCCCAGGACCUCCCGCCUCACGCCCAUGUCCACGCCGCCCACCAGCCCCUCCUCCAGCGCCUCCUUCAUCCCCUCCUCCACCUUCAGUCCCUCCUCCUCCAGCUCCUUCAUCCCUGCUGCCUCGUCUUCCUCCUCUGCUGCUGCUGCUUCGUCUUCUGCUACAGUUUCCACAGCUGCCUCGUCCUCUGCUGUAACCUCAUCAUCUGCCACGACUUCCUCCUCCUCCUCCUCUUCCUCCUCCGCAAAUACCGUCAGGCCCAGGACAGCCGCGCCCCGCCCCUCCGUCACCACCUCUGCAAGAAGGUCCAGUGCCGGCACGGAAGCCUCCAGCAGGGCCAGUCCAGCUCCUGCCCCUGCCAGGACCCCCGCCUCGCCUCAGCGCAGGAGCCCCACGCUGAGCCCCCCGCCCCACGCAGGAACGCCGCCUCCCGCCACCAUCACCAUCGUGGACCGUCCCCCGCCCUCCGUGGUGGUGUCAGCAGCCAGCGUCAGGCCCUUCAGCGAGAGCCCCGCUCCCAGCGCCUCCACCAGCAGCGCCUCCGUCUGCACCUCGCCCUCCACCAGCUCCUCCGCCUCCCCCGUGCCCGCCCCCACCUCGGCGCCCGCGGACACGCCCACCACGGACCUGGAGAUGGAGGAGAUGGAGGAGGAGACGCCCUACAUGCGCCCACGCCGCGGCCGACUGCUGUCCUCCGCCAUCUUCUCCUGGCGCAGCAUCUCGGCCACGGGCGCAGCCUCCCGCAGGGGGUACAUGCGCUCCAACACGGCGCCCCUCGAGGACACGGGCGUGGACGAGGACGAGGAGAUCCCCGCGCCCCCCGUCCUCACCAGUCUGUCAGCCACCCAGCUGCCGCCCACGUCCCCAGAGCCCCAGAGCACCCCGCCCCCCGGCCGCCGACAAGCACCCUCCCCGCCCCCAGCCCGCGCCACCCCUGCCUCGCCCCCUACCAGCCGCCGCCCUGCCCCAUCACCCCCACCAGCAAGGCCACCGCCCCCCGCCUCUCCCCCGCAGUCCCAGGAGCGCCCCGAGACCGUCUUCGUCAAGAACCCCAACAAGUACCGCGCUCCCCCGCCGCCACAGCCCCCGCAACCCCCAGCACAGCCCCCGCAGGCACCCCAGACGCAGGCCAAGACACAAACAACCACACAACCCCUGCAACCUACAUCACAGCCCUCGCAGGCACCCCAGACGCAGGCCAAGACACAGACGCCCACACCACAGCCCAAAACAGCAACAACAACAGCAACCAAAACACAAACACAGCAAGUCAAAACGUUUUCUUCCACCACCUCCACGUCCUCCACGACCACUACAGCCUCUUCUUCUUCCUCCUCCUCCUCCUCCACCCGCAAGCCCACCGCCCCCCCGCCCCCCAAGAAGCAAGGGGAGGCUAAGGGGUCGACGCAGCAGCUCAAUGGGUUCCGAUUCGACAGUCAGCCCAUGAUGGUGGGUGGCAUAGAAGAUGGGAUUCCGUGUGAGUUCUGCAGUAAAGUGUUGCCGAGUAGCAAGUUUCAAAGCCACCAGACAAUGUGUGAGGCAGCAACCCGGCCACCCACCCUACGCCCAACGUCUCCUGCACCAGCUGAGAGGCCCGCCAGACCCCCCCGCCCGUGGAAAAGCCCGAAACGAGUAAAGCCAAAAGCCCCAUCCCAGCAAGACACAAGAAGGGCCCUGCUCCGCCGCCCCCUUCAGAGGAGCAGCCCAAGGACGCCCCCCAGCCCGCCAAAGGGGAGGAGGGACACAAAGCUAGAAAGUCCUCCCCCGUCAGGAACAGAAUGGAGAGAUCCCACUCCGUCAUGGAUGAGCGAGUGUGCUACAGCGAGAAGGUACGAAUCAACAGACACCUGCAGCGAACCAACAGUAUCAAGGAGUCCAGUUCUCGCACCAGCCUCUACAAAGACUCCUCCUCCUCCCGCGCCUCCUACUGCAGCCCCAGCCCGAGUCUCGCCCGCCGGUGGAGCUCCAGAGAGGUCCUACACGGCAACAGUCUGGUCUCCGUCGUCUUUCGCGCCGUCCUCCUGCUGGGGUGGCAGUAGUAGCAGUCUGUACGGCGCCGGCCUCUCCUCCUCUGGCGUGUCUUCAGGUCUCUCGUCAGGCUACACGUCAGGGCACGGUUGGGCGUCUCCCCUCAGCUUCCUGCGUGAUGAUGUGAGGGGAAGGCUCUCCUCCUCCUCCUGCGCCGCCGCCGCCUCCUCCGCCUCCUCGUAUUAUGGCGGAGUCAGAUACAGAGAACGAAGCGUGAGUCGAGCAAGACCCACCUCCCUCUACACAACCAGUGACGCGUGGGGCUCCCUCCUCGACCUCCACUCUCCCACUCGACAGUUCAACAUUGCUGAUACAUUUUCGUCAGCCUCUCUAGCUUAUAUGCCUACGAAGCGGCCUAGUAAAAAAUACAGAGCGCCGCAGCCCCCUUGCAAGACUGCCUGAUCCACACCUGCCCACACCUGUCACGAAGGAAGCAAAGAUGGAAGGAAGGAAGGAAGGAAGGAAGGAAGGAAGAUGUGUAGAAUUAGCAAUCAUGAAAAGCUGAAGGAAAAAGAAUGAAGGAAAAAGGAAGGAUAGAAGGAAGGAAGGAAGGAAAGAGAAGGGAAGGAAAGGAAGAUAAUUUAUAUGUAGAGAAUUUACUGAUGAGAAAGGCAGAAGAAAAGAAUGAAAGAAGUGAUAUAAAUUAGUUUGCAUUGAAAGAAGGAAGGAAGGAAAUAGGUAAGGAUGAAGAAGAUAAAAAAAAUGUAGAGUGAAUACAAAAAGAAUGAAGGAAGUGAUAAAACUUAGUGAUGAAGGAAGGAGAGAAGAGAAAAUGAGAGAAAAUAGGAAACAGAAAAGGACAAGAAUGUUUAACAAGGUAAGAAAAGAAGAACGAAGGAAGAUAAAAGGAGGGGGAAGAGAAAGGAAAGAGAAAUGAAAGACAAUAAAAGAAAAUAGAGAGAAGAAGACAAAGCAGAAGAAAGAAGGGAAAAUGAAGAAACAAAAAGACAAAAGAAUGAAAAGUAGGAAAAAGAGGAAAACAAAAAAAGAGAAAAAGAGAAGAAAAAAAGAGAAUAGGAGAAAAAAAGAAGAGGGAAAAAAACAACCACGGAAAAUUGAAUUCGUAUAUCAAAAGGAAAAAAAAAGUAGAAAAGGAGGAAGAGGAGGUGAAGGACAGAGGGAGAGAGAAACGAGAAGAGAAGCAGAGAGGAAGAAAGAGAGGGAGGGAAAAAAAUGGAAAAGGAUGAGAAAGUGAAGGAUGGAGGGAGAGAAAGAGCGAGGAGAAAGGAGACCAGAGAUGGAGAGAGAGAGAGAGAAAGCAAGAAAGGGUAAAGAGAAAAGGAAAAAAAGAACAGAGGUGGAUAAAAAGAAGAAAAGUAAGAAAAAGAGAAAAAGAAGUAGGAAAAAAUAUACAAAAUGAGGAAAAGAGAAGAGAAAGGAGAGCAGAAGUGUAGAGAGAGAGAGAGAGAGAGAGAGAGAGAGAGAGAGAGAGAGAGAGAGAGAGAGAGAGAGAGAGAGAGAGAGAGAGAGAGAAAGGAGAGAGAGAGAGAGAGAGAGAGGAGAGAAAGGAGAGAGGAAGGGAGAGGUGAGGGUAAAGUCCUGCACCGGAUUUCUCAACUCCCCAAGGAAUCCUACGGCGAGAUUAGACUUCCCUCACCUCCACACCUGCCCCUCCACACCUGCCCUCCACACCUGCCCUCCACACCUGUCCCUGCACACCUGCCUCUGCCUGAUUACACCUCCACUCGCCUCCUGGUGUUGGCACGACUGACUCACCUUGGCCAUGACACGUGUGGGUGAGAGUUAGUUAGAGAGAGAGAGAGAGAGAGAGAGAGAGAGAGAGAGAGAGAGAGAGAGAGAGAGAGAGAGAGAGAGAGAGAGAGAGAGAGAGAGAGAGAGAGAGAGAGAGAGGAAGGGUGGAUUUCCUGUGUAUUUCUGGUGGUGUACAUUUUUUUUUGUGUCUAUGUCUCUCUCUCUCUCUCUCUCUCUCUCUCUCUCUCUCUCUCUCUCUCUCUCUCUCUCUCUCUCUCUCUCUUGUACUGUAAUCUUCUUGUCCUGUUAUCUUAAUCCUCUUUUUUGUCUUCCUUUUUUGUUGCUGGGAUUUACUUGGAAGGAGUUUUGUUAUUAGUCUUCUUCUUCUUCUUCUUCUUCUUCUUCUUCUUCUUCUUCUUCUUCUUCUUCUUCUUCUUCUUCUUCUUCCUCCUCCUCCUCUUCUUUUUCUUUUCUAUUUUUUAUUGUUGUUGCUUUCCAUUAACCUUUAUUAUUUUUCUAAGGAGUUGGAAUUGUUGAGUACGAGUUUUAAUAUUGUUCUUUUUGUUCCUCUUCUUCUUCUUCUUCUUCUUCUUCUUCUUCUUCUUGUUCCUCUUCUUCUUCUUCUUGUUCUUCUUGCUCCCUAUUCUUAAUUUUUGUAAUCUUGCUUAUUUAUUUUUUUUUAUUGAGGUAAAGAGAUUUGUUUCUUUUCUCCUCCUCCUCCUUUUUAUCCCCCUUUUCUUUUUCAUCUUCCUCCUCCUUCUCCUCCUCCUCCUCCUCCUCCUCCUCCUCCUCCUCCUCCUCCUCAUCUUCCUCCUCCUCCUCCUCUCACUGGAUUAAAAUAGAGGAGCUUAUCAAAAGAGUCUCGUCAGGGAAAACAAGUCUGCUGCUGUUGCUUGUUCUUCCUUUGUCUAUCUCCUCCUCCUCCACCUCCUCCUCCUCCUCCUCCUUCUCCUCCUCCUUUUCCUUCUCCUCCUUCUCCUCGUGUCCUCCUAUCAUUAAUCCUUAUUCUUAGUGGCCCUUCACUUCUGCCUUGUGCUCCCAUGCGUCUCUCUCUCUCUCUCUCUCUCUCUCUCUCUCUGGGUUCACGUUGUUUUUUUCGUUUUCUCGCUGUAAAUAUAGUAAGUUCACCCGUUCCUGUCCUUUCGCUCUAAAAUUGUGGCUAUGUAAAUUUUGGGUCUUUUUUUUGGUUUAAGUGACUUUUCUGUAUAUGAGAGAGAGAGAGAGAGAGAGAGAGAGAGAGAGAGAGAGAGAGAGAGAGAGAGAGAGAGAGAGAGAGAGAGAGAGAGAGAGAGAGAGUCGAGGAAAUAUUUACGGUUUUUUAGGUUAAUUGCAAAAAAAAGGUAUUGUUGUUUAUAUUAUCACCAUUACUUUUUUCCCUUUCUCUCUCUCUCUCUCUUUUUUUUUUUAGGGUAAUAUUUUUGUGGUGUCAUUUUUUGGUGAUGCCUGGAGUGGUGACGGUGGUGAUUCCUUUUUUUUUUUUUUUUUUUUUUUUUUUUUUUUAAGAUUUUUUUGUGAAGGUCAUCACGCCAUCAUCACCAUCAGCUGACUAUCGAACGACCUCGCUAAUGGCGGUUGUAAUGGCGGUCCUCUAUUUGAUGACGGUUGUCUCCUUUGUAUAUAUAAUUUUGGUGUUUACGUCAAGUGUUCCUUAGGGUGUUAUUGCAAUGUGACCCCUUGUUCUCGCCGCAACCACUGCCACUCACGCUGUCACACUACUGUUACUGCUACUACUACUGCUACUACUACAACAACUACUACUACUACUACUAUUGCUACUACUACUACUACCUCAUUCAGCAAUACUGAAACUACUAAUGCCACUACAAGCAAUAUAUUCCAGUGCAACACCUCUACUACUACUAUUACUACUACUACAACAACAACAAUACAUGCAGUACCUUACACUAAACCACUGCCAGUCACUGCAACCACCAGCACUGCCAAUGUCACUGCCUACUUACUAGUUAAUAACACAAGGUACAGACUGAGGUGCCUUUCCUUGUGGUCUUCCUAAUCACUAGUACAAUCAGGUAACUUCGCCAGGUGUACUAAGGGAGCUCUGGUACUAGAAUGAGAGGUACUAGUUGGUAUGUUACUAGUACUGGUUCAUUUAAAGCCCCCAUGUACUCUCCUAUUUGUACACAGGUAUUUCACAGGUGUUGUUAUCUGCAGGUACCUUUUUUUGUAAUACCUGUUGAUGUAUUUUCUUUUUAUUGGGUUUGGAAGAGAUGGGUGUUGUUUAUUGAAGUGUUGUUUGUGUGUGUGUGUGUGUGUGUGUGUGUGUGUGUGUGUGUGUGUGUGUGUGUGUGUGUGUGUGUGUGUGUGUGUGUGUGUGUGUGUGUGUGUGUGUGUGUGUGUGUGUGUGUGUGUGAGUGUGUGUGGUGAAAAAAAGGAAGUAAAAUAGAGAAAAUGUACUUUAUUUUGCUUCAGUUCCAAGGAGACUGAAUCAACAGACUAGUUUCUUUUCAUAACGACAUCAAAAUGAAGGAAAACAAACACAGAAGCACGAAAGGGAAACGAAUGAAGACGAGAAUAACUGGUGACUCCUUCAAACUACACAAAACUGAUCACAUUUCGUUCUUAUUAAGUGUUGGAUUAAUUAUUUCACAUUUAAAUUAGAGGAUCAAGAAAAGAGAGAAAAAAAAAAAGGUAGAAAAAUUACAAGGCUUAUAAUUUACAUAUAAAAAAAAAGAAAAGUGUUUAAUACCCAUUUCCACAAACAUAUAGGAUUUAAAAAAGGUUACCAUGUUUUUUAAGACUUCAAACAACAUUUUUUUUCCUUCAUCGAAAGUAGGAAAAAGGAAUAAAAAAUAAAAAAAAAAAACAAUUUAAUUUCCGUCUACAUAAAGGAUAAAAAAUACUCCAAACUUUUCAAAACCUUCAAAUAAGAGUGUUUUUUUCUCUCCUUUUUUCCCUCAUAGAGUAUCCAAUCCUCUUUAGCUCACAACGAGAGGAACAAAGUAUAAGGAACAACAGAAGUGUGGAACGUGAUACAAACGACUUCCAAUUCCCUACCAUUGUGUGUUUUUGUAGCAGUAAAUCCUCUUUUUGCUGAAUUAGGAGGAUCAGGGCGAGCUGGGGAGGGAGAGAGGGAGAGAAGGAGAGAGAGAUAGAGUAGAGAAGAGGAUUCUAUUCCCUUUGUUGUUAAUGAAGAGAAACAGACACACGUGGGGUUGUUGGUUGACUGACUGACUGACUGACUGACUGAUUGACUUAUUGAAUGACUGAUCUCCUCCUUCCUUCUCUCUUUUCUCGUUUAUUUCCUCCCUCUUCUUUUAUCCCUGCCUUUCCCUCCCUUCCAUCUCUAUCUUUCCCUCCUUCCUUCUUUCUUUUCUCGCUUAUUUCCUCCCUCUCUUCUUCCAUCCCUACCUUUCCCUCCCACCUCCACCUUUCCUUCCUUCUCUCCAUCGCCCCCUCCAAAUUUCAUUCCUAUCUCCCUCUCCCUCCAUCUUUCCUCUCUGUCCACCUUCCUCUCCCCUCCUUCCCUCCCAUCCACCUUAUUAUAAGUGAAAUAAGAUGCGAUUUGGGUCUAAUAUUUGAAACAGGGGUGAAAUAACGAGAGAGGGAUGAGAGUCUGUGAAAAUUAAUACUACUUGUUGUUGAAUGGUAGGAGUGUAAAACUGUAAAGAGGUUUGAAAUAUUAAACGUAAUAUUAAGAGAUGAAGAGGGCAAGUAAAGGAAGCCAGUUGAAUUAGAUGUAUAGUAUUAUUUAUUAAGUGUUGUUACUUGAUGAAAAGUUGUGAGGAUUGUAAAGAAGUGAUCGAUAAGUAUGAAAAGAGAGAAGUGUUUUGAAAGUGGCGGACAGUUCGGGAAAAGUAGGAGAAAUUGUUAAAAGUGGCUGAGAAGAAGGAAAAGAGUUGUGAAAAGUGUUAUGAGGUGGUUAAUAAGUAGAAGAAAAGAGGAGAAAGUGUAAAAGUCAAUGAUAAGUAGGAAGAAAGGUAAUGAAGGGUGCUAAAAAGUGUCUGAUAAGUGGAAAUGCUUCUGAACAGUGGCUUAGAAAAACAAAUGAGAAACUAAGAGAAGAUACGAAAGAACAAAAAAAGUAGAACAGAAGAGCCUACAAACCAAAAAUAAUAAAGUAGAAGGAAAGGCCGAAAAUAAAGAUAAAAAAAAAGCUUGAAAAUCGAAGACAGCAGACGGAAAAGAACAAAACAAAAAAAGAAGAAGCUUGCAGACAAAAAUAAAGAAAAAAAAAGAACAAGAGUAGAGAAAAAGACUUGAGGAACAAAAAGAAAAGCUCAGAAAAGAACAAAACUAGAACAAAAAAAGCCAUAGAACCGAACAUAAGGAUGCAAACAAA